AUGAGUAACGAUGAGAUCGAACAGCGCUGCACUGAGCUACGACAUGAAUUGAAGGCCUGGGAAAAGAAGUUUUCAGCAGAGAAUAAUGGCCGAAAGGCGGGACGCGAUGAUAUCAAGGCCAAUGCCGAGAUUUCGCAAAUGUACAAAGACUACAACAAGCUACGAGUACGACUGUCAAGCAAAGCAGCGCCGCAGACGCCCUCGAAGCGAACCCCAAGCCGAAGAGCGAGCCUCGAUGUCGAACGAACACCAAAAGCCGCGCCCAAGCCCACCGUCUCUACACCGUUGAAGAGGAAACGAGAGGACGGUGAUGCAAUAGAGAACGUAGAUCUAGCAGCCGAGCUUCUGUCUCCACAAGGACCUACCGUCAUAGGACCUACGCCCCAGCGCGACGGGAUAGUUCUAGGUCUCUUCGACAUGCUCCCAUAUGCAUAUGGCACACCAAGCAAACCGAGGACUGUACUAGGAGAUGUGGGGUUAAAUGUGCCGCAAACUCCGAGUAGGGGACUUCAAGAUGCAGCAAGUGAGACAUCACUAGAGUCAAGAGCAAGGGGAGAGCGGACGCCACUGUCGGCGGGGAAGCGGUUUCUUUUGAACCAAUUCGUCACACCGAAGAAGAGAAGGUUAGACGAGGAGGGUACACCGUCAUCUACGACUCGAGGUCUAGCUACACCUGCAUUCCUGAGGAGAGACAAUGUGCUGAAUGCUAUUGACGAGGAGGAGGAGCCAAUAUCACGACCAGCACCUUGGAUGCGACGCGGACUUGGACGUAGCUUGAGUUCCAUGAUACAAGCGAUGAGGAAAGAUGAAGACGACAAACUUGAUGAAGAAGCGGACAUAAUGCGCGAACUGGAAAUGGAGGAAGAAGGCAUCGCCGUCCCCAGGAAACCCAGAGCGUCACAGAUACUGAUAGAAGAUAGCCAAGCUGCUAUGCCCUUAGGGCCAGACCGAGGUCUUGAGUCUGACGAAGGCAGUGAGGAAGAACCAGAACUCGGGCCUGAUGGAAAGCCACGAAGGGUCUGGAAAAAGAAGGGUUUGAAGAGGCAGACGCGGCGUGUAAUAAUGCGCCCGAACAUUGUAAAGCCCAAGCCAACGCCAGCACCACAGACAAACGACGACCCAGAGGGAGAACAAGCAGGGGUGCCAGAAACUCAAGUACCAGCGGUUCUGGAAGACGAGUUUGGCUCAGACUUGGAUGGAGAUUCAGACUACGCGAGUGACGCUUCACAUACCCCGAGACGAAAAGUGCCCGCAAAGAAGCCAGAACAAGCAAAGGAGAAGCCUGUCAAAGAGAGCGCACUCAAGACGGCGGCCCGCAAGAUCAAAGCUACGGCAAACGCAAAUUAUCGGAGGCUCAAUAUCAAAGGCAAAGCAGGGACUGGUGCGAAGGGAAAAACGUUUGAGGGAGGAUAUGACGCGGCGUGGCGGUUGGGGAGCACGCUAAGCCCAGCACCUCCGACGCCGACGGUCUCCCGACGUAUACCACCGAAGCUUCCACUCGCCGCAACAAACACCCCAACCACAUCACGAAUCCGACCCACUCAAUCACCUCGACCAGUCUCUGUAUCAUCGACUUGCACUACCAAAACCGAACCACCGCACACCAUGGCUGAAAGGGAACUCUCCACCGUGCUCCAGCAGCUCCACCAGACGCUCAAGUCGCACAACUACCAGCAGUCGACCUCGUUACUAGGCAAAGCCAAGAUCGCCCUCCUCAACCUCAACGCCCUCAUCCCACAAGAGAAGACACCACGGAAACAUCUGCAGCUCGCACGUGAGACGCUCGAGCUAGGCGCCAUCAUCUCCAUCCGCCUCAAAGACACCGAGUCCUUUACCCGUUACUUCCAGCAGCUCCAGCCCUUCUACUCCCUGCCAGAGUCCACACUACCCAAGGAUGGCAGUAAUUCCAGCAAGGUCACAGGUCUAUAUCUGUUACUGCUGUUGAGCGAGGGCGACUACGCGGGCUUCCACACACUGCUAGAGACGCUCGAGGUGGCGGCUGCGCAGGCCGGCGCGAAGCUCGAGGCUGAUCAGUUCAUUCAGUAUCCCAUAAAAUUGGAGCAAGCGCUUAUGGAGGGAAGCUACGACAAGGUGUGGGUCGAGACAAAGAGCGAGAGGGUGCCUGGCGAGGAGUUUGCUCUGUUUACUGAGAUUCUCAUCGGCACUAUCCGCAAGGAAAUCGCGUCCUGCAGUGAGCGCGCAUACCCCUCCAUUCCCAUCUCCGACGCCAAAUCACUCCUCUUCCUCGACUCGGAAGGCAGCGUCGUCAACUUUGCCAAGGAAUGCGGUUGGGUUGUCAAGGACGGACGGAUAUACUUCCCUCAGCAGGAGGACGAAUACAUGAGCAGAGACAUCUUGGUUACAAGCGAUCAGGUCAUUGAGAACACUCUUGGGUAUGCGAGAGAGUUGGAGACCAUUGUCUAA